AUGUCUACAUUGACGUGCCAUAUUCCAAAUUAUGCAGUAACACCAUCUAACAAAAUAGAUCAAUUCUGCAGCUUAGCAGAUACCUGUGUUCACGAUACCAUUCCUAUAUGCGGGAGAAUGGGGGAUGAGAAACGCACUUUCAUGGAUAUUUGUGAUAUGCUCGAGUUUGCCUGUGAUACUAAUCAAGUGUUUACGCAUAUUGAUGACACCGAUGGAUGUCCGCAACUUAAAAAAUGA